AUGGUGAUCCCACAGCACUGGAUGCAUCUUGCCUCUGACAGCUCUGCUUCCAUCUGCCAUGUGGCAGCUGCUGCCCACCCGCUGGUGACCUGCUUGUUGGCCGUGCCCAGAAUCUUUAUGCCUCGUCCACCUGUGGACUGCACAGCCCUGAGCCCUACUGCACUGUCAGUCUCCUCCAGUAGACCUGCUGGCAACAAGAUCUGGUGGCAAGCUGAGAGUGGUGUUGAGAACGUCACCAUCCAGCUAGACCUAGAGGGUGCCUUCUACUUUACCCACCUCAUCACGACUUUCAAGACUUUCCGCCCAGCAGCUCUGAGCCUUGAGCGUUCGAUAGACCAUGGCCAGUCCUGGCAUGUGUACCGAUACUUUGCCCACAACUGUCCUGGCCUCAGAGUCGGUGACCUCGUCUGUGAUCAGCGUUAUUCGGACGUUGAGCCACCCACUGAGGGCAAGGUGAUUUUCAAAGUUCCGGACCCAGCCAUCCUGGUGGAGUACCCAAACGACCCCAAGAUUCAGGAGCUCCUGCGUGUGACUAACCUCCGUGUGAACUUCUCCAAACUGCACACCCUGGGUGACAGGCCCCUUGGAGGCCUCAAGGGACACCCCUUCUGCUACUAUGCCCUCUAUGAGCUCAUGGCCAGAGGCAGCUGCUUGUGCCAUGGCCACUCCUCUGAGUGCAGGCCUGCACCUGGGGCACCAGCCAAUGUGGAAGGCAUGCCUGAGUUCUGGGGUCUCAGCAGUGACUCUGCGGGCUGCAGGCCCUGUGACUGCGACUUUGGGGACGCCUACAGCAACAGGUGUUCAGCAGGGGAGGGCAUCUGUCUGUGCCGUCCCCAUCUCCGUGGUCGCCGCUGCCGUGAACUCCGGUCUGGGUACUUCUGUGCUGCCCUCGACCAGGCCAUUGCUGAAGCCGAGCUUGGUCAGAGCCUCCAGCCAGCUGACCCUCGGCUGCCUGGAGCCCACUGGCCUGCUCCUUCCUACUGUACACAAGCCCCAGGGAACUCCUUUCAUUGGCUCCGGCCCCGACUUCAGAGACAGCGUGACUCUCGCUGUGCCCUCCACCCUGACAGAGCUGUGGUUCUACCCAGACCUUUUUGCUUUGAACCGGGCACACGCUACUCCACGAUCCUGCACGAUCCUGCGCCUGUGGCGGACCGCAGCUGGCCGGAGGCCUGAGGGAGGCAUCGUCUUUCUGGAUUCGCAUGUGAGUGCCACCCCCAGGGUUCGCUGAGUACUGAAUGUGCCCUGCUGGGUGGGCAGUGCCCCUGCCGUCCUAACAUCAGUGGUCA